UCUGGCCUGCUCUAGACAGAAUGAAUGCUUCGGUUGGAGCAGUGCUCACGACCUCCUCUCCAAACCAACCAACUAGCUCACUUCAGACCACCACACAUCCCACGUUCUACAGAACAGAAGACGUUAUGCAGCUCGUGUCGAAUAAUUCCUGCAUCGUGCGCGGGAUCCUUCCAGAUGGAUAAAAUGCAACCCAGUCGGCUAAAAAUCACAGAGCUGAAUCCUAACCUGGUAUGCCCACUGUGUGUGGGCUACUUCAUCGAUGCCACAACCAUCGUGGAGUGCUUGCACUCAUUCUGCAAGACGUGCAUUGUUGCCUUCCUGGAAACCAACAAGUUCUGCCCCAGAUGUGAUGUGCAAGUACACAAAACGUGUCCACAGCUCAGCAUCAGGUCAGACAAAACUCUACAGGACAUUGUAUACAAGUUGGUGCCUGGAUUAUUCAAAGAUGAGAUGAAACGAAGGCGGGACUUCUACACAAACCAAGAAAACCAACACCUGGAGCCAGGAGAAGUGGUGGAGGAGCCAACUAUUAUUGCAGAAGAUGAAAUCAUCAGUCUCUCCAUUCAGUUCCAUGAGAAGAACAAAAGUGACACACAACCCGUGGAUACAGAAGGAGACAAUACCAACAGCAAACGCUUCCUGCAAUGCCCGGCAGCCAUGACAGUCCUGCACUUAGCCAAGUUCCUGCGUAGCAAGAUGGACAUUCCAAACACCUUACGGAUUGAAGUGCUGUACGCUGAUGAGCCCUUAAAGGACUACUACACGCUGAUGGAUAUUGCCUACAUGUAUUCUUGGCGACGUAAUGGCCCCCUCCCCCUGCAGUACUGUGUCAAGCCCACCCGGAAGCGUCGAAGGCUGUCCCAAGGUGCUGCCCAGGCCCACUCCGACGGUGUCAACACAAGCCCCACCUCUGAGAGCGACUCCCACAGCGACAAGGCCCUGAGCCCGGCUGGUCAGGCCUCCACCCUGCCCAGCCCUGCCCUCCGAGGCCAACCCUCUACCCUUCAGAUCCCCAGCGGUACCACAGGACCCAACGGUACUCAACGGCUCCCUCUAGCCUCCAAGUCAGGGAGCAACGCCCGCAAGGUGAACGUCAACGGCAAAAGCAAUGGAGCAGCGACUGAGACUAGGGGAGGGGACAAAGGGGCGGUAUCACCCCCAACCUAAAUCUGAUACAUCCCAGAAACAUGGAGAGUGGAACGGAAUUGCCCCAAAAUGUCGGAGUAGCCCCUCAAUGGACCAAUGGACAGACAAGGAGAAAAUCUGCCAAGAGAGUACUGAGGGAGAGGGCGAUUGUGAUCAGUAAAAAGACUGUCAAGUGCAGCCAAAUAGACAUUUCAUUUCAAUGUGUGUGUGUCUGUGUGUUAGAGUAAAACAUACAUACAAAAUGUACAAUAUGUAUCCAAUGUGAGCAUUCGUACAUACCUGGUCAUGUAUAUAGAGUAUCUUUUAUACAGGAUAUUGUAAUUGUUUUGUAACUGUAUAAUAUGCAGUCGGUUCAACGAUUCCUUCCCCCAAGUCUUCACAAUUAAUUUGGCUUUAAAAUAUCAAUUGACAAAAUGCUGAAUGGCAUUGCGAUGCGAUUGUCUGUCUGUAUGGGUAUGUAAUAUAUAUAUAUAUAAUAUAUACACACACACACAGUUGAAGUCGGAAGUUUACAUACACCUUAGCCAAAUAUAUUUAAACUCAGUUUUUCACAAUUCCUGACAUUUAAUCGGAGUAAAAAUUUCCUGUCCUAGGUCAGUUAGGAUCACCACUUUAUUUUAAGAAUGUGAAAUGUCAGAAUAAUAGUAGAGAGAAUGAUUUAGUUCAGCUUUUAUUUCUUUCAUCACAUUCCCAGUGGGUCAGAAGUUUGCAUACACUCAAUUAGUAUUUGGUAGCAUUGCCUUUAAAUUGUUUAAAUUGGGUCAAACAUUUCAAGGUAGCCUUCCACAAGCUUCCCACAAUAAGUUGGGUGAAUUUUAGCCCAUUCCUCCUGUCAGAGAUGGUAUAACUGAGUCAGGUUUGUAGGCUUCCUUGCUCGCACACUUUUAUUUUCAGUUGUGCCCACAAUUUUUUUAUAGGAUUGAGGUCAAGGCUUUGUGAUGGCCUUUCCAAUACCUUGACUUUGUUGUCCUUAAGCCAUUUUGCCACAACUUUGGAAAUAUGCUUGGGGUCAUUGUCCAUUUGGAAGACCCAUUUGCGACCAAGCUUUUAACUUCCUUGCUGAUGUCUUGAGAUGUUGCUUCAAUAUAUCCACAUAAUUUUUCUGCCUCAUGAUGCCAUCUAUUUUGUGAAGUGCACCAGUCCCUCCUGCAGCAAAGCACCCCCACAACAUGAUGCUGCAACCCCCGUUCUAUUUUUGUUUCAUCAGACCAGAGGACAUUUCUCCAAAAAGUACAAUUUUUGUCCCAGUGUGCAGUUGCAAACCGUAGUCUUGCUUUUUUAUGGCGGUUUUGGAGCAGUGGCUUCUUCCUUGCUGAGUGGCCUUUCCGGUUAUGCCGAUAUAGGACUCAUUUUACUGUGGAUAUAGAUACUUUUGUACCUGUUUCCUCCAGCAUCUUCACAAGGUCCUUUGCUGUUGUUCUGGGAUUGAUUUGCACUUUUCGCACCACAAGUCUGUUCAUCUCUAGGAGACAGAACGCGUCUCCUUCCUGAGAGGUAUGACAGCUGCGUGGUCCCAUGGUGUUUAUACUUGCGUACAAUUGUUUGUAUAGAUGAAUGUGGUAUCUUCAGGAGUUUGGAAACUGUCCCCAAGGAUGAACCAGAGGUCUUGGCUGAUUUCUUUUGAUUUUCCAAUGAUGUCAAGCAAAGAGGCAGUGAGUUUGAAGGUAGGACUUGAAAUACAUCCACAGGUACACCUCCAAUUGACUCAAAUGAUGUCAAUUAGCCUAUCGGAAGCUUCUAAAGCCAUGACAUAAUUUUCUGGAAUUUCCCAAGCUGUUUAAAGGCACAGUCAACUUGGUGUAUGUAAACUUCUGACCCGCUGGAAUUGUGAUACAGUGAAUUAUAAGUGAAAUAAUCUGUCUCUAAACAAUUGUUGGGAAAAUUACUUUUGUCAUGCACAAAGUAGAUGUCCUAACUGACUUGCCAAAAUUAUAGUUUGUUAACAAGAAAUUUGUGGAGUGGUUGAAAAACGAGUUUUAAUGACUCCAACCUAAGUGUAUGUAAACUUCCGACUUCAACUGUAUAUAUGUGUGUGUGUGUAUGUAUAUACAUAUAUAUAACUAGAAAUAUAAAGGCAAGAUCUGUCUUCUUGCCAUCAGUCAUACUGUAUAUAAUAACUCUGGUGUAUGUAGAUAGAUGCAGUACUUUCAACUGGUAAUGGCCCCAAUCACCAAGGACAAUAGAUACAGUAUGUACGAAACGUUUGAUGCACUUUCUUUGAAAUGCAGAUCACAGUAUGCGAGUACUAAACUUCCCUGUGCUUUGACAUUAGAAAAGCCAUUAUAUUUAUCAAGCCUCAAGCAGCACUACAAUCGUCUGAAAAACGUAGCUUACCGUACGUUUGUCAGCAUUACAUACCGGUACCUGUUCUACUCGCAUCAGAGAAAUUAGUUCAAAGGGAAUUGUAUAUCUGACCAUGUACACCAUGUUGUAUUUUCAUACACUUUUGACAUUCCCUCAAUGUAUAUUAUGACCAUUCAAUGAUAUUAUUCUAAAAUAUCAGCCAUAUGUGCAUGUUUAGGUCAUUAAAAUGUUUACUUGCUUGG